AUGCCUACUCUUUUAUCCUUCUUUCAUGGAUGCACCAUUAGUAUGGUUGGUGUUGUUGUCUCUAUUGAUGAGGACAAGGACAUCAUGUAUGUCAAUACUGGACCAGUGGUUGGUCUGAAUUGGGUGGAGAGGAAUGAGGAGGCCUUUUUAAGUUCGAUGAAGUUGGUGAAUACACCUUCUCCUGUGGAGUUGCUAGAUGACAUCUUCUAUGAGGUUGGAAACAAAGUCUUUAUAAGAGGCAUCAUUGGAGAAGAUGGCAUUUUACAUGCUGAAAAAGAUGAACUCUGUAAAGAUGAUUCCGCUUUGAAGGCAGUCAUUUUUAACCAUGGUUUAUGA